CCAGAAGAUUUCCAAUAUAAUCAUUGUGGCGCCGAAUUAAUAGUUUUUAUAACGUUCCUAAGCUUUUUUUGGCUGGGGGAUGGUACAUUAUAACUAUGAUCAAUUAUUAGUAGUGUUGUAUAAUUAAUCCUGGUUUGGGGUAUUUUCAAUAUUAAUGACAUGCGCCCGAAUAGUGUCCGAAAAAAAGGACGCUGUCGGCUUUAUUUUUGUUGUUUUUUAUCGCUUUAGGUAAGUCUUUCGCGCACCAUAUGUGAGCAUUCGACGGUUUAUGUGUCGAAUAUUUUUACAUUCUUUUUAUUCAUGCACACACUUUUCCUGGGUCAACUCCAGUUUCUCUCCUUCUACAUCAGUCGAUAGAGAGAACUCAUUCAAACCACUCCAACUAGUAGAUAUCGCUGUGCUUUGAACGCUGCAUGUUUACACUGAAUAUCUAAGUACGAAAAGCAUUUGAAUUUCAAAACCAUCGAAAAUGACUCUCGCCGCGCGCUGGGCUCGAAGGAAAAUUACGGUCGUCGUAAUUUUCUCUGCCAUCCUGUACUAUCUGCUGUCGUCGUCGUACAGCAAGUAUCAAAUAGACACCAUCAUCCACCGCACCAAACCGGAAGUCGUCUGGGAAUAUGUGGCCGAUUUUAGCAAAAUGAAGAAACUCAAUCCCACAAUCUUGGAUUUCAACAUUAUUGCCGAUCACGGUAAUCUGGAUCACUGGAAGUAUUCGGUUGAAUAUACAGAGCGACUGUCGCACUGGCCCCACUCGAGAAACACCGCCGUGGGUCACUUCUCCGUUCGGAAAUUGCCUGAAGCCGAGGGGGUAAACUCGAAAGGCGAAUUCAAGAUGUCGUACUUGAACGAGGAGGAUACAUUCUGCCAAGAAACGGUGCAUUAUCAAUGCCCAUUCCUGUUUGGGCGUUUCUGCCGACGAGAAGUCGAAUUCCAGCGGACGGCCAUCAUGGCCAAUCUGAACCGGCAUUUCAAGCAACUUGUAUAGAUUGGGGAGUUCUCAUAUUUUCCGUGAUAUAAAAAGCAUUUAUAUUCAACAUUGUGUUUAGAAGUUAAGUAAAUGUAAAUCAUGAAUAAAAUUAAUAGUUUGUUAAUUACACGAAAAUAGCAUUUGGUUUAGUCAAAAGUCUUAUGUAUGUUAGUCAAAAGCGUGACAAACUAGCUCGUAAAUCUAAUAAAUUAAAUGUUUGGACACAAUA